UGCGCCUGCGCGUGGGGCCGGCCGUCUCCUAGCCUCAGUUGAGAGUGUGGGCCGCGGGGGGGUUUGUCUCCUUGUGUCUGACUCUAUAUCCCCAUCCCCUGUCGGCCCAGCGGGAAUCAUUAAUGUGUUUCUUCCUUCUUUCCCGUUACCUCCUCAUGCGCGCUAUUUUGUUCCCGUCUGUGAUAUAAUUUUGUACAAGUACAGGGGAGGAAAUAUAUAUUGUCUCUGAACUGCUUCCCUCCUCCCCUUUAACCGAGGAUGUAUUCUGCAGCCGACCCCGAUCUGCCUUCCCCAGCGCCGCCAGUGCAGACACUGUCGACUUUCAAACCACCUGUGAGACCUGAUUUUGGCACUAUGGGUCGACCAAUCAAGCUACAGGCCAACUUCUUUGAGGUGGACAUUCCAAAAAUUGAAAUCUACCAUUAUGAUAUAGACAUAAAACCAGAUAAAUGCCCAAGAAGAGUAAACAGGGAAAUUGUUGAACACAUGGUUCAACAUUUUAAAAAUCAGAUUUUUGGUGAUCGGAAACCUGUGUUUGAUGGAAGGAAGAACCUCUAUACAGCAAUGCCUCUUCCUAUAGGGCGAGACAGGGUGGAGCUAGAGGUAACUCUACCAGGGGAAGGAAAGGACAGAAUCUUUAAGGUGGUGAUAAAGUGGGUGGCAUGUGUCAGUCUCCAAGCCUUGCAUGAUGCACUUUCAGGUCGACUCCCAGCUAUUCCUUUUGAAUCUAUUCAAGCACUAGAUGUAGUGAUGAGACAUCUACCCUCCAUGAGGUACACUCCAGUAGGCCGUUCAUUCUUCACGCCAUCUGAGGGGUGCUCUAAUCCCUUGGGAGGGGGCAGGGAAGUAUGGUUCGGAUUUCACCAGUCAGUCAGACCUUCCUUGUGGAAAAUGAUGCUUAAUAUUGAUGUAUCUGCUACAGCAUUUUAUAAAGCCCAGCCAGUGAUUGAAUUCAUGUGUGAAGUUUUGGAUUUUAAAAACAUUGAAGAGCAGCAAAAACCAUUAACUGACUCCCAGAGAGUGAAGUUCACCAAGGAGAUCAAAGGACUCAAGGUGGAGAUAACUCAUUGUGGACAAAUGAAGAGAAAAUAUAGAGUGUGCAAUGUUACCAGAAGACCAGCAAGUCAUCAAACAUUUCCACUUCAGCAAGAGAAUGGGCAGACUGUUGAAUGCACAGUAGCACAAUAUUUCAAGGACAAGCACAAACUAAAUCUUCGCUAUCCUCAUUUACCAUGUCUACAAGUUGGACAGGAACAAAAACAUACGUAUCUUCCUCUUGAGGUGUGUAACAUUGUAGCUGGGCAGAGAUGUAUAAAAAAGCUGACAGACAAUCAAACCUCAACUAUGAUUAGAGCCACUGCCAGGUCUGCACCAGACAGACAAGAUGAGAUUAGCAAACUGAUGAAAAGUGCUAGUUUUAAUGCUGACCCAUAUGUUCGGGAAUUUGGAAUAGGGGUGAGAGAUGACAUGACAGAUGUACCGGGCCGUGUUCUUCAGGCACCUUCCUUGUUGUAUGGUGGUCGGAACAAGACCAUUGCUACUCCUAUUCAGGGUGUGUGGGAUAUGCGGGGUAAACAGUUUCAUACAGGCAUUGAAGUUAAAGUCUGGGCAAUUGCAUGCUUUGCUCCACAGAGGCAGUGCAGAGAAGAUACACUCAAAGCAUUCACAGACCAGUUAAGGAAAAUAUCCAGGGAUGCGGGCAUGCCGAUACAAGGCCAACCUUGUUUUUGUAAAUAUGCACAAGGUGCGGACAGUGUGGAACCAAUGUUCAGGCACCUGAAGAAUACCUAUGCAGGGCUUCAGCUAGUGGUGGUUGUACUUCCUGGAAAAACCCCAGUUUAUGCGGAGGUUAAGCGUGUGGGCGACACAUUACUUGGCAUGGCCACGCAGUGUGUGCAGGUGAAAAAUGUGCUGAAAACCUCUCCACAAACACUUUCCAAUCUCUGCCUGAAGAUCAAUGUAAAGCUAGGAGGUGUCAAUAACAUCUUGGUGCCACAGGGAAGGCCUGCAGUUUUUCAGCAACCAGUAAUAUUCUUGGGUGCAGAUGUAACACAUCCACCAGCUGGAGAUGGGAAAAAACCUUCCAUUGCUGCAGUGGUGGGUAGUAUGGAUGCUCAUCCAAGUCGCUAUUGUGCCACAGUCCGUGUACAGCAACAUCGACAGGAGAUCAUCCAGGAUCUUGCUUUCAUGGUCAGAGAACUCCUCAUCCAGUUUUACAAAUCCACUCGCUUCAAACCAACACGCAUUAUAUUCUAUAGAGAUGGAGUGUCAGAAGGACAGUUUCAACAGGUGCUCCAUCAUGAGUUGCUAGCCAUCCGAGAGGCAUGUAUUAAAUUAGAAAAAGACUACCAGCCUGGCAUCACUUUUAUUGUGGUUCAAAAGCGACAUCACACCAGACUCUUCUGUACUGAUAAGAAUGAAAGGGUUGGAAAAAGUGGCAAUAUUCCAGCUGGCACAACAGUGGAUACAAAAAUAACACAUCCAUCAGAGUUUGACUUUUACCUGUGCAGCCACGCUGGCAUUCAGGGAACAAGCAGACCAUCUCACUACCAUGUGCUAUGGGAUGAUAACCGCUUCAAUGCAGAUGAACUUCAGAUUCUCACAUAUCAACUUUGCCACACAUAUGUCCGGUGUACACGGUCAGUCUCCAUCCCAGCCCCAGCCUAUUACGCUCAUUUGGUGGCUUUCCGUGCCAGAUACCAUUUGGUGGACAAGGAACAUGAUAGUGCUGAAGGGAGUCACACAUCUGGUCAGAGUAAUGGCCGGGAUCAACAGGCUCUGGCUAAAGCUGUACAGGUUCACCAGGACACACUGCGCACUAUGUAUUUUGCUUGACAGGUGUCCUCAGUUGGGAUUUCUGAACAGAGCUGGGCUAAGACCAGACCAGCUGCAUUUGCCAGGCAGUGUAGUGUUGAACGAGCAGUUAAUGUAUUUCUGUUGCUGUGUACAUUGCAAUACCCUGCAGGCCUAUUUCAGCUAUAAGAUGAAAUGUGACCAGGUUGUUAAUGUGUGAAUCAAGUCACCUGUAACAUUUCUCUUGAACAGCGAAAGCAUGGAAUAUUGGGAGGCCUGUGGUAGUCGCCUCAGUACAUUUAGUCACUAAUGGAAGUUAAAUAACUGCAACCUAAUUCUAUAAUAGAUAAAACUAGACUUAAGCCUGGUGUAGAUAGAAAGAGAAAGUAGUAUAUAUUUUGCGGAAGCAUUAUAAUAUGCAUUAGAAACUGCAUAUUCGAUGGAGGUUUGUUUAGGACUGUUAAGUUGUGGAGGAAUUUAGAGGAUGGUGUGAGUCUUUAAGGCAUAGUAAUCCCGUCUGUUGGCUUCAAAUGGCAGAAUUUUGAAACUCAAAAUUGAACAUCAACAGCAUUCCUUUUAUUAUAUCUGGAGUUUUAUCCAGUGAAUUCCGCGAAGACUACUGUAAUACAGUACUGUGAAACAUGGCCAUCUUGAGUCAAAGGGCAAAAAAAAGUCUUUUAACACUGAAAGUAAGUUAAUGAAGCGUUAGUGUUUUUCCUUUUUGAGCAGGCAAUAUAUUGUUUAGGUUUGACUUUCUCAGCAGUUCUGAGAUGUAUCUAUGAUUUCCAACAGAAGGAAUGCAGUCUCUUUUUAAGAUGUGUUUAGUAGAAAAAUAUUGGUGUGUGUUUGAAGCAAUUAAUCUUUGGAGACAAUCUAUAAAACAUAACCAGAACAGAUGGGCACUACUAUUUUAUAUAUUGAGCUCUUGAUAUUUUUGUAAGAUGCUGCAAUUGUUUAGUUCUCAGAUCUUGAUACAAUACACCAGUGAUGCAAAUGAAAUAUUUUUCUGCUGUGGUUGUCUAGUGUGCCACCACUGUGGCUUGCCGCCAUGUAGGAUAUAAGGAUUACCAUGACAAUUACUUCGCUGAUUUGAAUUCAGUUAUUAUAGGGCAGUCAGAUGAGAACUAUUAAAAUUGAAACUUUCUAAGAAUGAAGUAAUUUUAAACUACCUCGUGGUUAUUCUCGUGUCAGCAAAAACAGAAUGAGCACAUGCCACUGUCAUAUUGGCAAAGUAGUUCAAAGAUGGUGCUAGGUUUUUGCCAUGAGGCAAGCAUUUUUAUUAAUGGUAGUCAUCUAAUUGAUGUAAACUGUUUCCUGGAUUAAAAUCCACCCCCAGAUUGAAGCCAAACCUUUUUAUGGUUAUAUACAAUAUCUUUUCAAUGGCCUAUACGCACUUAUUAAGUGACUCAAAACCUUGUAUAAAGUAUCCAGUUUUAUAUACCUCAAUCCUUCAUCAAAUUUUUAAAUCUUAAAGAAGGUGCAACCAGCAUAAAUUUCAGUGUUAACAACUUAUUUAUGUGGCCAUGAAUAAAAACCAUAUUGUACAUAGAUCUUUGGGAUAAAACCUUUGCUUUUGAAGUUAUGUAACAAACGAGAUAAACUGUAUUGUAGAAGAGUUUUAUAAACUGUUUUCAAUUAUUUCUGUAUCAGGCUGCAUGGUACUUUGUACAGGAAUGGUGACAAUGCUGCAAAUCAUAUUACGAUAAUGGGCAUAUUUUGCCAAACAAGUUCAGAAUUUUUAAGAAAUCUUUUAUUUAUGAAAUAUUAACUUGCAAGGACUGAUGAACUGUGCUUCUAAAAAUGUAGCAAGUUACAACAUAUUGUCCUCAUGCUUCUCAUUGAAUCCUGCAAUAUUCUUUACCUACAAUUCUGGUAGAGUUUGAGGAAUGGAUGUAGUGAAGGACACACUAAGUGUAUCAGUCUUUGGUACUGAAAUAGUCCGAUUGAGGCUUUCGAGUAAUUGUGAACAAUCUGUACAACUGCAAGAAUGUCUUUGUGACAUUCAUUAGAUACAACACUAAGGCAUUCAACUUUACAACUCAGGAGACCCAAGUUCAAGCCUGAGUCUUGACUGUCAUGUACUUAGGUUUCCUGUGUGGUACAGGUUUUAGCUGUUAUAAGUAGAUUAUCUGAAGAAAGAUGAGGGGAUGUUUGCUGGGAAGGGAAUCUUUACAGAAAGAUCAAACACACCCACCUGGUGUGUUGGCCAAUGAAGAGGUAUUGAUGUCCGUGAAAACCCGGUGGAGUGCAGUGCAGUUUCAAAAGUGCAGGGCUACUAAUCUAGCAAUUAAAAUAAGUGACCAUAUAGUAAGUAGUAACAGCAUGAUGAACACUCAGGGCUUUAAAGACUACACUUAGAAUUUUUCCAUUAAGUUGUUUCUGAACUAGGGCAGAUGUGUAUUGUCAGAACUUAAUUAUGGAAAUGAGGAAUUAUUUCACUGGAAUUCAGGUGGUGGGGGAGUAAGCUGAUGUUAGAACCUAACCCCUUUUAAGCAUACUAAACUAGCAUGGUAAUCUGAUGAAGCGGUAGUUUAUAUUCAUUUUAUUUUGUUUUAAGUGUACAGUUGAACUUCAAACUUGUAGGGCUGGACAGAAGUUCUUAACCAAAGGCUUAACUUGUUAUUUGAGCUGUUCCAUUGAUUGUUCGUUGAACUGCCGUGUUGAAGGAAAGGUUUAUGGAAAAAUUUAAGAUCAAGGUUCUAUUGUAGUUCCAAUUGUUUCCUGUUCUGUUUACUUUUAAAAAUUGACUUAUGCACUUAUUUGGCGAUAUCCUACGUCCAACUCAGCUGGUUUUGUAAUAUAAAUUUUAAAAAUUAAAUUGAUAAGCAAAUUUGGGCAGCUUUAGAGAUUACAUUGCCAUAGUUACUUUUUUUUUGUUUGUAUUCUUGUGUUAGCCAUUGACUAUGUUGGGCGUUUUUCUUAAGAACUGGACAAUCCCUAGUUACGUAUCUCUGUUCCAGUUUCUGGGGCAGGUUUGGUUAUUGAAGUGUCCUUAGCUAUUAAGCAAUCUCUAACCAGCACUAUAAAAAGUUUACAUCUUGCUUCAAAGUUAUGGGUGCUACUGCGAACUGGCCCCUGUAUUCUCUGUUCUUGCGCUAUAUAUUGACAGUUGUAGUAACAUUAAACCAGAGAUAAUGAAUCAAUAAUAGAAUAAAAGUGCUGUAAUCAUUGGAUGGCAGCAGCUCUUUGUGAGAAUUUAUUGCAGACACUGCCAUUUGAGAAGCAACUGGUGCUGCAAUUGGCUGAUUAGAUCUGCCUUCUUAUAAGUUACUGCCAUUGGUGGCCAACAUUCAAUUGGGAUAGUUCUAAUAAUCUGCAAAAAUUGUAGAUAAGGAGCUAGAUUGUGAAACAGUGUCAUUUUAAGCAUGUAGCAGAUUCAUCUUGGGAAUUAAAUCAUCAUUAGCGUUUUUUAUUGUAAAUGUCAUUUGUGCAUAAUUGAAAAAUAUUUGUGCUUGUAAAUAAUUUUGUAAACUUCAAUGUAAACAACUGCAGUAAGCUAAAAGACUAAUAACAAAGUAAACAAAUGGUGUCAAUUGA